AUGUUUAAACGUCAAGCAAUCCCAUAUGUUGAAGUUUACCUUGUGAUUAUUAUUCACAUCUGCAAAUUCCGAGUGUUGAACGUGUUAUAGUAGUGUUGAUAUGUACUCUACUGGUAUUUAUUUAAACCCGAACAAUGAAGAAAUUCGGAACGGUAAAGGAGAAGCAAGAGCUUCAAGUACUUCUUUAAAAUCCACGGAAUACACACCUAAAAAGUGGUUGUUUCGUGUUAGAGUACCUGCAACAUUAAAAAAUGAUGAAAUCGUUUGUAUUUGUGGAGAUUUACCAGAAUUGGGAUCGUGGCAAUCUGAAAAAUGUGUUCCCCUUACGAGAGAAGAUGAUACCAACAUUUGGUCUGCUACAAUUGAAAUCCCAGAGAAAAAGAAAGUUGAAUUUAGGUAUGCCAUUUGUAUUAUCCUUGAACUUGGUAUUCAAGUUAUUGUAAGGAGCUGGGAGACGAACUUACAACCCAGGGCACUUGAUUCUAUUUCUGAUAAUUCACCUACCAUUGAAGAUUCUCCAGACGAAUAUGGUUGUUACAAUGAUAAGACACUUGUAGAUAGAGGUUGGUUAAGUAAAGAAACUGUGAUACAAUUAAAAUUAUGCAAUAAUCCUCUCGUAUUGUUCAGACCAAAGUAUCAAAAUCGAAAUGUUUAUAUAAAAGUAACACCAGUUUCUUUAACCCGUUAUAAUAAUGGUUUUCCUAAAACCAUGUCGGAAGCUCUGGAUGAAUCAUUAAGUGCAGACACGCAGGAUUCACUCGAAUCGCCUAGCCAUGCUUUUACCGAAGUGGCUAGCUUGUAUGCUGAAGAUCCUACUUUCAAUCCUCAGAAUCAAUUCGGUCACAUAUUCCAAAAGGACGACAUGUUGAUUUUUCAAUCUACAGUUUUGUUUCCAUCAAAUAUAGCUUUUCUUAUUGAUCUUUAUAUUUAUAGUUCGAGAUGCGGUGAUGGAGAACCGCCGUAUCAUGCCGGUUUCAGUUACCUUUUACCUUCAGUUUUUCAAACAUCUGAAGGGCAUGUAGUAUUACCAAUGACUAGUACAAAACAUCGUCCUUUAGGACAAAUUAGAAUAGAAUAUUUAAUAAUUGGUCCUUUGCCCAAUUUCAAAUGUGAUAUGCUAGUUUCGUAUGCGAGGCAUUGGAAAAAAACUAGAUCGGGAUUAGACGUUGGACAUAGAGGAUCGGGAUCUAGUUUUAAAACGAAAGUACAAAAUUGCGCUGAAGUCAGGGAGAAUACCAUAGCCAGCUUAAAAAACGCCAUAGAACAUGGAGCUGAUUUUGUAGAAUUCGAUGUACAGUUGAGUAAAGAUUUAGUGCCUAUUAUUUAUCAUGAUUUCCAUGUUUGUAUAUCCAUGAAGAGGAAGAAGGAGUUGAAUGAAAGUGAUAUGUUGGAGAUUCCACUUAAGGAACUCACUUUGGACCAACUAAGAUUGUUGAAGGUUUACCACUUGACAGAAGGUAAAUCGAAAAACCAGAGGUUCUUCGAUGAAGAACUCGACGACCAUCAACCAUUCCCAACCCUUCAGCAAGCCUUAGAAACUCUCGACACUCACACCGGUUUCAACAUUGAAAUAAAAUGGACCAUGCAGUCGUUCGAUGGUACUUACGAAUUGUACCAUCCCACCGAUCUCAAUCUGUAUCUUGAUACAAUACUAGAUGUGGUACUUCGUUACGGUGGCGAUAGAAGAAUUAUUUUUUCUUGUUUCAAUCCAGAUAUUUGUCAAGUGAUCAGGUUGAAACAGAAUAAAUAUCCUGUGAUGUUCUUAACGAUAGGCGAGAGUCAGAAUUAUUCCAAGUACAUGGAUCCGAGAUGCUGGUCUAUUAGAUCCGCCGCUCAGUACGCCAGGAUGAUUGAGAUAUUGGGCAUCAAUGUACAUACCGAAGAUCUCUUGAGGGACGCCAGUUUGAUAAAAUAUGGAACGGAAGCUGGUUUGGUGGUGUUUUGUUGGGGAGACGAAAACGCCGAUCCAGUUACGAUAAAAUACCUAAAGGAAUUGGGUCUACACGGGGUAAUUUACGACAAAAUCCACGAAUACAAUAAUAAAGAGGUGAAAGAAAGUAUCUUCAUGGUAGAAGCUAAAGAAUCCCAAAAAGAAUUGAUCAGAUUAGCGGCCGCCGUAUCAGAAACUCCCCAAAGUCCGCCCCCUCAAAACAUCCUCAAAGAACCAGUAUUGGAUUUCCAGAAUGCCAAAGGACAGUUGGGGGAUGUUAUAUCUACUGCUACUUCUUUGGAAUCCUUAGAAAGUCAGUUGAGUGAACAGGAUUAAAUUAUUGUUUUUUUUUGAUAAAUUAUUUUGAAAUUUAUGAAAAGUGAUAUUUCGCAGGGAUAAUAAGGGAUCGUAUAUCAUGUAAUAAUUUUAAAUUUAUUAAUUUAUGAUUAGGAAAAUUGAAUUUCACAAAAUUUGUUUUGGCAUAUUUCGUAGGUUUAAAGGUUAAUAAAAAUUAUGACGCUAUUAGAUUAUUCUAGUGCAAAGGUCAAGUUUUUAUAUGCGCAAAAUAAAAUUUUUUGCAGCAAAAAUUUAAUUGUUGAAUCGAAAUUCUUUUAUAUAUCACUGGAGAUUUAAUUCCAAUAAAUUUAGACAAAACUAUUAAUUUUUUAACCCAAAUUAACAAUAUUUGAAUUAUUUUAUUGUAAUUAUACACGUUCAAAAUGGUACGAGGAUAAGUUAAUAAGUUUCGACGUAUGUACCACAAGUUUUUGAAUAAAAAAAUUUUAUUUUUCAA